AGCACAUUUGGUUCCUUGGAAGUUGUGGGAACGUAUGUUUUUGGUUUGACAUUGGUUAUGGGAACGAUGCCAUAUGUUUUCUGACAAGUAAAACGGAAUGUUUUUUAAACGUAAGUGAAAAUGUUGCCUGUUCUGGGAAAGUUUAUUUCAUGUUGCAGGGAGGUUCUGAUACAGUUUUACUCUGGUUCCUUCCCACUGAGCAAAAACUGGUUGAGUCAUCAACAUAAGUGCAUUUCGUAUUUUUUUUACCCAACUUUUAACCUAAAUCCAAUGAAAAUGUUUUGUUGAUUUCAUGUUUAAUUCACAUUAGUUGGCAACUCAACCAAAUGUAAAUCAAAACUAGACGUCCAAAAAUGGAUGUUGCAACUGCUGAUUGUGCCUUUAAAGUAUUGAAAUACCAAGAUAAUAAUGUUUUUUGUGAAGUUCCUUAAAUGCGCUGAGAACGAUCCAAAGCUAAGCAACUUUCCUGCACCAUUCCCAGAACGUUGUGGGAAGAUUGUAUGCAAAAUAACCAUAAGACAACCACGCUCUCACCAAGCUCUAACAAACAUAUGGUUCACAGAACUUCUUUUGUGGUAGCUAGGGAGAUAGUGAUGGUGUAAAAAAGUCUCUCUCUAAUCCCCCUAGGAAAGUAAAAUCCCCCUGAGUCCACUGCAGAUAAACAAUAGGGUGGAGUGGAGAGACAGAGUGCAUGUGUUCAGUAGGCCAGUCCAAGUGGGCGGAUUACUUCCCAGACUGUGGUGGUAAGGCCCAGUCUCCGGUUGACGUGGCAACGGUUCAGACCCAGUAUGACCCCUGCCUGGGCCCUCUUACCCCCCUCGGGUAUAGCCAGCACGGCAACAAACCCUUCAGCCUCUACAACAACGGACAUACAGUGGUGGUUCCUCUCCCAGGCUGGAUGGGUUUAGGGGGGCUGCCCUGGCAGUUCACGGCCGUCCAGAUGCACCUGCACUGGGGCAACGGAGCCCCGGAGGCCGGGGGCAGCGAACACACCAUCAACGGUCAGAGCUCCGCUGCAGAGUUGCAUGUGGUGCACUACAACUCAGAGCUGUACCCUAACAUGUCAGUGGCUAUGACCCAGCAGGAUGGACUGGCAGUCCUGGGAGUCCUCAUAGAGACAGGUGAGGAGGCUAACCAGGCUUUUUGGAACAUUCUCAACUACCUGGGUCGUGUCAGACAUGCAGGUCAGAGUGUGUCCAUCCCAGCCUUUGAUGUCCAGUCCCUCCUGCCCUCUGACCUGGGGCGGUACUACCGAUACAAUGGCUCCCUCACCACUCCUCCCUGCUUCCAGAGUGUCCUCUGGACCCUCUUCACAGAGACCGUCAAAAUCUCACACACACAGCUGAUGAAGCUGGAGACAGUGCUGUAUGCCAGUAAGGAGGAUGCUGACCGCGUCGUCAUGCAGGACAACUACCGUACACCUCAACCACUUAACGACCGGACCAUCCUCUCAUCCUUCCCAUUAGAAUCAGUGAAGGUGUACACUGCCGGAGAGAUCACAGCGAUAGUAAUAGGAGCUCUGUGUGGCUGUGUUGGUCUGGCUGUCAUCAUUCGCUUCAUAGUGAAGACUAUACGAUUUUUCAAACACCUGCAUAAUGAAAGGGUCUUGGUAAACAGCUCCACCUCUAGCUGGGACGUCCUGCCCAGCGUCCGGCCCGCCCCCGUGCCCAGGACUAAGGAGCCAGGGAAGGAGUUGAAACAGGACGUGGCCCUCAACACGACCUCUGAACCAGGAAAAAAAGAAGAUCCUGUCCCCUCCUCAGUCUGAGACCAAUCAGAGACCUCCAUGAACGAACCCCCCCCCCCCCCCCCC